AUGGCCCAAAGGUUCGUGCCCUCGUAUCUCCAUUCAUCCCCAUCAUCAUCAUCUGGCUGGUACGUGCCCCAAUUUCAUGGUGGAAACAACUUCGGGUGUAAAUUUCUCGACCCUGUCCAGCUACCAGCUAUUCAUCUGCCGACUACAAUUCUCCAGCCAGCUACGACUCAGCUGCUAGAAACUGCUAAUCAGCAGUCAAUUCAGCAACAAGCUGUGCCGAAGGUUGCAUUAGAGCAUGGACAAGCUGAUAAUGUUAAUCAAGCACAGGUUCAGAAAGUUGGUAGUGGUGAAGGUGUGGCUAGUGUGGCCGCUACACACGUAGAUAAAGUAGCCGCUCCGAAGGCCCAGCCAAUCAAGAAGUACAAGUACUCUGGCAUGGUGUUGGCCACACUGGCCUCAGCCACCAUUUCUCUCGGCGUCUCUAACACCGUCGUAACCGCCCUGACAGUUAUGACCUCAUCCGGAAGCGUCGGCUGCUUUGGAACCGGAAACAGUAAGUACGACACCCUCGGACCUCGGAAUGACGUCAUGAAAGCCCUUGAUUGGUCGUGGGUGACCGUUGGCCUCUGGGCAUCUAUACUGAUUUUUGUUACCGGGAAUUUGGCGGGCGGCCUCACUCAGACGUCAUCGCAAAGAGCCAAAGCCCUUACAACCUUAGGCUUGCUGUCACUGGUCUUAUUGAUACCAUUAACAUUUAUCCUGGCUGUUCUGGAUGCAGUUUUGUCAGCUGAUUGCAUGGCGACCAAUGUGACAAAAUUCGUAACGCCGAUCAUCAUCGUCUUCAUCUCUGCUCUGGAGUUUGGCGUCCUGGCAUACAUCGUAAUCAGUCUCCGCAGACAGACGAUGACCACCAAACAACCCUUAUCAUUAUACUCAUCGGCACAAAGUGAGCAGCAAAUUCAACGCCAGCAGCCAGCUAUUUCUACCAAUAAUGGCUACUAUCCAUCACAGCUGGACAGCUCUUCUAGCUCUGCACCGGUUUCAGCUAAGCGCCGAAAAUCAGCCAAAACUCCAAAUAUUACCGUCAUCAACCUUCCGGCAAAUAGUAGCGGGCCUCAGGCUCCCAACUUCAUUCCAAUUCCAUAUCCGCAACAAUCCCAGCCUCAAAAUCGCUUCCUGCAGCCAAUGUUCUACCCCGCGAACAAACCAAACAUACAGCGUCGCUACCAGCCGAACUCAGCCUUCCAGCCCCGUAGAACCCAGUACCAACUUCCAUCCAGGUGGUAUCCAGGUGGUGGAGCCGGUGGAGCCGGAAUGAACAGCAGGGUCGUUCCAGGUGCAGUCCCGUUUUUUAAUUCCAGACGUCCUGCCAGCACCAACAACAACAUGAUGGGGGUGGAUAGACCCCUGCAGUACGGGGCGGUCAGAGUGGGAGGGGUCGCUCCCUGGAUCAGACCUGCUGAUUGCGGAAUGUACGGAAAUGAAUGGUGA